GCGCGAACCCGCAUUGUGAGCACCUGGCUGGCCCUGAACUCCGCCGCUUAGAGCAAAGCCGCUUGCGCCUCGGCUGGCCUCAACCCAGCAGGGUGUUCCCUGACUUCUACCUGCCCGUUCUCCAGACGGGAGAGCAGGCAGCAGGGAGGUAGGAGCCCAGGCAUUGGGUCCCCUGUGGCUAGAAUCUGCCUCCGGGAAAGCCAGCCAGCGGUCGUCGCCUGGCCCCAUUGCUUCUCCGAAUACCCCCCCGUCAGCCGUCGCUCUCAGCUGCAAAACUUGUGGAAUUAGAGGUGGGAACGCAGUCGCCAGUUAUGGAGAACGGGAGCCCGAGGGCAGAAGUGUCAUUGCCAGCCCCCACGCCCUGUCUGGUCCUUCUAGAGGCUAUGGGGAGGUGGGGCGCGGGUUAGAGUAACAGGGAUCUGUCGAUAAGGGUGAAACAAGAGCCUUCCACGCGAUUCGCCUUGGAACUUAAGAGUAUUGAGGGAAAGGAUGCUCAGUGAUAACACCUGAGGCAAACUGCAGAAAAGCGAGGUGGAGUCUAGAAGAGAAGAAGGGCUUAGGCCUCUAGGCAUGAAUGGAUUCUUUCAUUCAACAUCUUCCUACGUGAUGCAACUUUAUAGUGCAAAAAUACAUGAAAACACAGGGAGCAAAUCAGUCCUCCUGGACCGAUAGCCCUAGUCCCUAGAAUCUACAUUCGGCGUUUUAAAGCCCCCAAUUGCAGACUGCGGCGUGGGAAAAGUUCCCACGGCGGCAGAGACUUUGGCACAGAGUGCUACACUGGCAGGUGGGAAAGAACUCGCGAGAGGGAGCGGGAACCCCACCCCCGCGAAGUGAACCGGAAGCGCUCGGCCUGGGCAGGAAGUAUUGCUGACUUGGCGCACGUGAACUUCAGCAUGGCGGCUCACCGCUCCGGCCCGCUCAAGCAGCAGAAUAAAGCUCAUAAAGGCGGGCGGCAUCGGGGUCGAGGAUCCGCACAACGGGACGGAAAGGGUCGUGUAGAACUGAAAAUCUUGUGCAAGAAGGUGAGAAAAGAGCUCAGCAGAGUAGACCAGAGACAUCGCGCCAACCAGCUCCGAAAGCAGAAGAAGGAGGCGGUUCUGGCAGAGAAGAGACAGCUGGGCAGCAAGGAUGGGCCUCCUCAUCAGGUGCUGGUGGUGGCUUUGCAUAACAGAAUUUCCCUGUCUGAGGCCUUUCGUCUUCUUCAGGAUAGGGACAUGGGAACAGUGCACGUAAAUGAAUGGGGAAGCACCUAUAGCUUUAUGCUGCUGUGCCCCCGUUUGAAACAUCGGUGGUUUUUCACAUCUGCAAGGCCAGGAGAUCUUCACAGUGUAUUAGAUAUGGCUAAAGUGGCUGAUACCAUCCUGUUCCUCCUUGAUCCACAAGAAGGCUGGGACAGCACUGGGGAUUACUGCCUUUCCUGCCUCUUUGCUCAGGGUCUUCCCACCUAUACACUUGCUGUCCAGGGAUUUUCUGGUAUCCCUCUGAAAAAACAAAUAGAUGCCAGAAAGAAGCUAAGCAAAGCAGUAGAGAAGCGAUUUCCUGAUGACAGACUUCUUCUGUUAGACACUCAACAGGAAGCAGCAACACUGCUUAGGCAGUUGGCUAACCAAAAACGAAGGCAUCUUGCUUUUAGAGAUCGGCGAGCCUAUCUGUUUACCCAUGCUGCUGAUUUUGUACCCAGUGAAGAGAAUAACUUGGUGGGCACCUUGAAAAUCUCAGGCUAUGUUCGUGGACAGACUCUGAAUGUAAAUAGCUUGCUACAUAUUGUUGGACAUGGUGAUUUCCAAAUGAAACAGAUAGAUGCCCCCAUCGACCCUUUUCCUUUAAACCCUAAAGUGAUAAAAUCCCAAAAGGACUCAGGCAUGGCAAUGGAGGUUUGUGCUUCAGAUGUUGCAUCUGACAUGGAAGAAGAUCUUAAGGUCCUAAUGAAGGCAGACCCUGAUAGACAAGAGUCUUUGCAAACAGAAGUUAUUCUAGAUCCAAUGGAAGGGGAGCAAACCUGGCCCACUGAGGAGGAGCUGAGUGAGGCAAAAGAUUAUUUGAAGGAAGGUUCUAAGGUGGUAAAGAAGGUCCCCAAAGGAACGUCUAGUUACCAAGCUGAAUGGAUUUUGGAUGAAGGUGGUGAAAGUGGAGGGGAAAGAGAUGAAAAUGAUGACACAGAACAGGAUUUUAUGGAAGAGGAAUCUCAGGAUGAAAAAAGUGAAGAAGAAGAAGAGGAGGAGGAGGAAUGUGAAACUAUGACUAUAGGGGACUCUGUACAUGAUGACCUUUAUGAUGAGAAAAUGGAUGAGGAGGCUGAGGAAAAAAUGUUAGAGAAAUAUAAACAAGAAAGGAUGGAAGAAAUGUUUCCAGAUGAAAUGGACACCCCUCGUGAUGUGGCUGCUAAAAUUCGAUUUCAGAAGUACAGAGGCCUUAAGAGCUUCCGGACAUCUCCAUGGGAUCCUAAGGAAAAUCUUCCUCGAGAUUAUGCUCGGAUCUUUCAGUUUCAGAACUUUACUAAUACUAGGAAAAGAAUCUUUAAGGAGAUUGAGGAAAAAGAGGAAGAAGGAGCUGAGGUUGGCUGGUAUGUCACACUUCAUGUCUCUGAAGUCCCUUUGUCAGUAGUUGAAUACUUCAGGAAAGGAGCACCUUUGAUUGCAUUUUCUUUGCUACCUCAUGAACAGAAGAUGUCAGUGUUGAACAUGGUGGUAAGCCGGAAUCCUGGCAAUACUGAACCUGUAAAGGCCAAAGAAGAGUUGAUUUUCCACUGUGGAUUCAGGCGUUUCCGAGCCUCACCUUUAUUUUCUCAGCAUACUGCAGCAGAUAAACAUAAACUUCAGAGAUUCUUGACUGCUGAUGCGGCCUUGGUGGUGACGAUAUAUGCACCAAUUACUUUUCCUCCUGCAUCUGUGCUGCUUUUCAAGCAGAAAAGCAACGGAAUGCACAGCCUUGUUGCCACAGGCCAUCUGUUGUCAGUGGAUCCAGAUAGAAUGGUCAUCAAGAGAGUUGUUCUGAGUGGUCAUCCUUUCAAAAUUUUCACUAAGAUGGCAGUAGUACGUUAUAUGUUCUUUAAUAGAGAGGAUGUGCUAUGGUUUAAACCAGUGGAACUGAGAACAAAGUGGGGCCGUAGAGGACACAUCAGGGAGCCUUUAGGUACCCAUGGCCAUAUGAAAUGCAGUUUUGAUGGGAAGCUAAAAUCUCAGGACACAGUACUGAUGAAUCUUUAUAAACGAGUUUUCCCUAAAUGGACUUACGAUCCAUAUGUACCAGAACCAGUACCUUGGGUGAAAAGUGAGAUUUCUUCAACAGUGCCUGAAUUGGACAUAGAGUAAUGGAUUCAGUAGGAUUCUUAUUGUUAAUAAUUAGCACUAUAAAGAUGGGUCCUACAGGUUGUGACUGAGCAGUUUGUAGUUUAUACUUUAGUCCAUCAGUAUGCUGUCCUGUUUACAAAAGAUCUUGGCUCAGUUAAGUAUGGAAGUUUUUCUACUUAGUCUAAGAAAACUAUUAAAUAUACUGAAAUAUCUGUUCUCCAUUAGGACUUUGAAAACUUUACAAGAAGAUGUUUUGGUGCUGGAGAUCAAACUUGGGUCCUUGCACAUACCAGGCAAAUGCUCUGCCACUGAGCUGCCCUGCCUGAGGGGAACAUGAAAAACAAAAAUUUCAUGUAUCCAGAGAGACACUGAAGCCCAUCUCUUUCUUUUACAAAAAUUAAACAGAAACAGACUGAUAAGGAGCUGGCCUUUCAGCGUGCUUCACCCAACUUAAGGAGGUUAAGUCUACAUUUCCACCACUGAGAACAAUACAAAUGUUCUUUACUUCUGGAGAAACUGCUUGAAAAUUCCGAGACAGCACAGCAGCCACUCCAACACCAGCUGUAGGUUCAAUGAGUAGUUUCAUCCUUUCCCAAACCAGCUGGGUUGCAUACUGUUGGUAUAGAAGUGAGUAAGGAUUAGCAAAACAGGAGAAGGGGAAAGGUUUAAUUCUAUAGGCCAAAUGAAGAUAUAUGCCUAGUCUGAAUUUUCUCGUUGCUAAUGCAUGUGUGUUUGCCAGUGGAGAACACAACUUUCAUCUCUGCUUGCCUCAGAGGUUUGUCCUAAUACAGCUUGGGUACCCUCCCAUAGAUCAUGAAAUCACCCUGUGGUUACUCCCAACAGGAGAAGGUUGUGUUGCUUAUGCUUAAAGUUGUACUAUUAUAGGUUUUUUCCUCUUGGAGCCUUACCUUGAUUUCAUCCUCUGUGACAGUGAAGACAUCAUCCACAAGGUCCCUUAUAAUAGGCCAGGUGUUUAAGCCAAUGCUGGAUUUGACACCAUCUGCUAUAGUUUCUGGAGGAUAAGGAUUGGGGGUCAGCUCCCCUUUCAGUUUGGACUUGUAGCAAUCAUCUGCAUUCAAGGGUUCAGCAGCAUAUACCUUCACACUAGGUUUCAGAGCCUGGAAGAGGAAUAUUAGACAUCUUACAACUAACUACAGCAUUACCUACAUGCUUAAAUAAAGUAUGCAGAAUAGGGGAAAAAGGGCAUUUCUGGCUAUGUAAGAGUCUUCCUUUUGAUGGAUGUAAUGAAAUCAUGACCUUCAAGCAGUUUAUGAAUAAAUUGUAUAUCUAAUACUGGGUUUUAGAUGCCUGGAUCACAAUUGGCUUUGGUCAUUUUGGGAAAGGUAGUACCUGGUGUGAAUAAUAAUGGAGAUGGAUCCAGGGGAAGGACUGUAAGGUGCUUUUAUGCUGUAAAUUUGUCAUACAUGAAGAGGGUAGUAAGUCAGGGAAAGGCUUUCCAUCUCAAGUAAUGGCCAUUUGGGGAUAAUGUUAAAUUAGGUAUCUAAAGUCCUUUUUGCCUAAGGCAGGAAGUCUUCCAGAAGGUGUCUUCUUACCUUAACAGUAAUUGCUAUUCCAGCAACCAUUCCUCCUCCCCCUACAGGAACCACUAGUGCAUCCACCAAGGGAACCUUUUGUAAAACAAAGUACAAGUAGGCCAAUUAAUGAGCAGUUUUGUAUGUCAAAACAGUGUCACCAGUAAAAUAUGAAGUAACUAGGCUGUUUUACCUGACUCAGCACUUCUAAGGCAAUUGUGCCUUGCCCAGCUAUCACCGCAGGCUCCUGGUUGGGAUGAACCAUGAUGCCUUCUGUUUCUUCCAAAAUUCUUUUUGUAACCUUUUCUCUGGACUAAAAGAGCACAUUAAUUUAGCUUACUAGGGUUAGGCAUUUAAUAAAGUUCCCAAAAAGUUUCAGUCAUUUUAAUGCUAUUGACUACUUACUUUUUCCCAGACUUUGUUUAGUCCCUGGGGAUAAGUAAAGCGGUGAACAAAAAUCCUGCCCUCAAGAAGUUAUAUCUUUAGGAUAGGGGUGGGAUAUAAGUGAAUAUAUGUAUGUCUAAGUACUAUGGAGAAAAAAUAAAUUUUAUCUUACAAAGACUA